UUUGGCGAUUUUCAUCCCAUAAUACCAUUUUCUCAUCCUUUUGUUCGUUAUAUUUUUAUUUUAAAACAAAAGAAAAAAAAAAAUCUAAGGAAAUCCAGUUCUCAAAUUCUGAUUGGUUGCAUCAAAUUGAUAUGGAAGAAGCCCACACUUCACCAAUUAUCUUAUCCUUUCUCAUUUUUGGUGUCUUACAUCCAUGACUCCUUUUUGUUAUGCAAUGUCUUCAUGAUCUUUCUUUCUAUAUAUACACUCUCUAGAUAUUCUCUUCCAAAUGCUUAAGAUAAUUUAAGACCAUCAAUUUUUUGCUCUCUGGUUGUUCCCUUUUUGUUCUAAUGGCUCUCCAAGCUGCUUCUCUGGUUUCCCCUGCUCUUUCUGUUCCUAAAGAGGGGAAAUCUAGUGUAUGCUUGAAAGAUUCUAGUUUGUUUGGGAUUUCAUUCUCAGACCAUCUCAAAUCUGAAUUCAGUUCAUCUACUUUGAGGUGUAAGAGAGAAUUGAACCAGCAGAUUGGUGCAAUAAGGGCUCAGACAACUGCUACCGAAAGUCCAGCAGUUAACAAAGCUGCUCCAGAUGGGAAGAAAACUCUAAGAAAGGGUAGUGUUGUGAUCACUGGAGCCUCUUCUGGGUUGGGAUUAGCCACAGCCAAGGCUUUGGCUGAAACUGGAAAAUGGCAUGUCAUUAUGGCUUGUAGAGACUUUCUCAAGGCUGAAAGAGCUGCUAAAUCUGCGGGCAUUGCCAAGGAAAACUACACUGUUAUGCAUUUGGACCUUGCCUCGCUCGACAGCGUUCGCCAGUUUGUUGACAACUUCAGGCAGUCUGGCAGGCCGCUUGAUGUGUUGGUGUGCAAUGCUGCUGUUUACCUACCAACUGCUAAAGAGCCUACUUUCACUGCUGAAGGUUUUGAACUUAGUGUUGGAACUAACCAUCUUGGUCAUUUCCUCCUUUCCCGUUUGUUGUUAGAGGAUUUGAACAAAUCUGAUUACCCCUCAAAACGUCUCAUCAUUGUCGGAUCGAUUACCGGGAACACAAAUACCUUGGCCGGAAAUGUACCUCCUAAGGCCAACCUUGGUGACCUUAGAGGACUUGCUGGAGGAUUAAACGGCCUAAACAGCUCUUCGAUGAUUGACGGUGGUGAGUUUGAUGGGGCCAAGGCAUACAAGGACAGCAAAGUAUGCAACAUGCUCACUAUGCAAGAGUUCCACAGGCGAUAUCACGAGGAAACCGGCAUAACAUUUGCUUCCCUCUACCCCGGAUGCAUAGCUACAACUGGUUUGUUCAGAGAGCACAUUCCCUUGUUCAGAUUACUUUUCCCUCCAUUCCAGAAGUUCAUCACCAAGGGCUAUGUUUCAGAAGAUGAAGCAGGAAAAAGACUAGCUCAGGUUGUGAGUGAGCCGAGCUUGACAAAAUCAGGUGUAUAUUGGAGCUGGAACAAGAACUCGGCUUCAUUUGAGAACCAGUUGUCUCAGGAAGCAAGUGAUGCAGAGAAAGCUCGGAAAGUGUGGGACUUGAGUGAGAAACUUGUUGGUUUGGCUUAAAAUGUGAAGCUUGAAGUUCUUAUAAUGGUCUUUCAUCGCUAAAACUGAAGCUCAUUGUGAGUUGCGGGAGUUUGUAACUGUGAUGUUGUGUUGUGUAAACAAAUUUUCUGUUGUAAAAGUAGUUGGUUGACUUGAGUUUAGUCGCUAAUAAAACUCUCAACGUUCCCAA